GCCUCAUUAUAAACUUAUUUUGAGCGUUAUGGUUUCCGCAGCAGUUUGGACAGUAUGGGGCAUUGAAUCUGAUGACACUUGGUAGUGUUUUGAAAGCAAAGGAAGCUUGGGGAGAAUUGUCCGUGCUACUGCAAGGAAGAAAAGGGAAGUCUCAUAUACAAAUUAAUUCUCAGGAAAAUCCCAAAGAAUGGAGAUGUCUGCCCAGAGGCUACUUUCUAACAGAACAUCUCAGCAAUCUGCACCUAAUUCUGAUUACACCUGGGAAUAUGAAUAUUAUGAAAUUGGACCAGUUUCCUUUGAAGGACUGAAAGCUCAUAAAUAUUCCAUUGUGAUUGGAUUUUGGGUUGGUCUCGCAGUCUUCGUGAUUUUCAUGUUUUUUGUGCUGACCUUGCUGACCAAGACAGGAGCCCCACACCAAGACAAUGCAGAAUCUUCAGAGAAGAGAUUCCGAAUGAAUAGCUUUGUGUCAGACUUUGGAAGACCCCUGGACCCAGAAAAGGUGUUUUCUCGCCAGGGCAAUGAGGAGUCCAGGUCUCUCUUUCACUGCUACAUCAAUGAAGUGGAACACUUGGACAGGGCCAAGGCUUGUCACCAGACCACCGCCCUUAGCAGCGAUGUCCACCUCCAGGAAGCCAUCAGGAACAGUGGGCGGCCAGAGGAAGAGCUGAACAGGCUCAUGAAGUUUGACAUCCCCAAUUUCGUGAACACGGACCAGAACUCCUCCUUUGGGGAGGAUGAUCUUCUGAUUUCUGAACCCCCUAUUAUUCUAGAAAAUAAGCCAGUUGCCCAGUCCUCACACAUAGACAUGGACUGAGAAAUAUGUUGAUGAGAAACAUGAAGAUGUGGGUUUUAUCUUGAUACAGCAAGAAAUCUCCAUCCCCUAAAAUUGUGUCUGAGUGGGUAUGAGAGACAGAAAGAAAGAGGGACAGGUAGACAAAAAGACAAAGGGAAGAUAGCCCUGGAGAAGAUUGCCGACGAAGCUGAAUUUUUAUGACUUUAAACACACUUGGGAUUUUUUUAGGGUUAAAAAAUCUGUCUCCUCAUCACAUGGGUGAAAGAUUUGGCUGGUACUCAGUGACGCCAUUCUUGAGUGGGUUUGGUACACUACCUUCCAGUCUGGCCCUGCCACCACCAUGCUCUGCCUUCAUCAACUUGCUUUAUUUACUCUGUGGGCUGCUACAUUUUCAACUGCAGGGUGAGGAGUCUGGAUUAGAUUUUAUUUUGUGUUUAUGGCUUUGCAUCCAAACAAGGCUGGGAUGUAUGUAAAGCAGUGUAAACUAAGGCACUGCCCCUGUCUCUUGUGUGAACCCCCAUGACUUUACCUUCUACUCACCCAGUAACUGAGGCCAACUUUCCUCAGGGAAAGGUAUUUACCAGGUGUGAGGAGACACCACAGAGUCACGAUAGCCAACAUUUCUGUUGGUUUUACAGAAACGGCUCUUCUGAAAACUUCUAGCCCUGCAGCCCCUGUCCCCAGGGUGAAUGCUUGUCUGUGGUAUAGUCACGAAAUGCCUCUCCUCAAAGAAUGUAGGGAAGGAUGUCAGCUGGGUCAGGGAGAUGCCCUCCAUGUAUCUCUGUGUCAUGUAUCUGCAUCUGGUCACACAGCUGUGCCAUUGGCUCCUGAACAAGAAAAGUGGUUCUCCCGUCCUGUCUGCUUGGCAGAUGUGUAGGUGAUGGUCAUCUGGCUGGCAUGUGGCUUCAGGCUGAAAUGAUGAAUGGGUUGUAAAUACUCCACCAAAUGAUCUUCUGGAGGGGAGGGGACAGAACAGAGUUACUUUCAGAAAGGGGUCACAUGCGCACACUGGUGGUAGAAGCGCCUUGGCUGAGUACGGUUGGUUGCUGCCUGGCCAGAUGCCUGUCUCUGGGUGAAAAUCUCACAUUUUCGUUGUGAAUUUGUUCAUCACCUGUCUACCACCUGUCUUGCUUAUGCUGAAAGAAUAAAUACAUUUGA